AUACCCGCCUGCCAGCAAGGUAGCGCCCACGCGACCAAGCAUGACGUCCGAAGAGGACCCCGUCGUGCUCUCGUUCCACACGGCCAGCCUGCGUGCCAGCGACCUGCAGACGCUGGCGCCCAAGGAGUGGCUCGGCGACGGCGUCAUUGCCUUCUUUGCCGAGGUGCUGCGGCGUCGCUCCGACGGCCCGCAGCACGACGUGCUGUGGCAGCCCAGCGUCGUCGAGCUCAUGUGCUCGCUGCAGGGCACGGAGCAGGCCGAGGCCGGCGCCAGCGGCAUGCUGCCGCCCGUGCACGACACGAUGCUGUUGCCAGUGAGCGACCGCUACGAGUCGACGACGGACCGCGGCAGCGGCUCGCACUGGUCCUGCAUCCUCGUGCAGCGCGGCGACGAUGGCUGGCACGGCACACACUUCGACUCGAUGGCGCCCGCCAACGACACGGCCGGCGAGAAGGUGUGGCAGAGCUUCCUGGCGGCGCAGGGCAAGAGGGCGCACGGCGGCAAGCUCAGCAGCGCCGAGGUGCCGCCGCAAGAGAACGCGCACGACUGCGGCCUCUACGUGCUUGCACUGGCAGACGAGCUGGCCCGAAGCAACGAGGUCAGCAGCACCGUCGAGCUGGCGAAGCACCUGACGCCGGCGGCCGUCGCCGACCUGCGCUCGCGCCUCAACGAGUGGCUGCAGCGCUGGCGCAAGCGCGGCGAGCUCGAGAGCUGGGCCGAGGUGCAGGGCGAGCUGGGUGACUACCGCAAGUAGACGGCCAUUCAUUCGAGUCACACAUGCCCGAUGCCCUGCCACGUCCAGCUCUCGUCGAUCGUGGUGCUGGUGCGCGCUUACCUGGCGCGGGUUGGCGCGGGUCGGCACUGUGCGCCAGCUCGACGGAGAAGCGGCCCGGCCGCACGCGCCAGCAGCUGUCCUCGCCGAACGAGACGCCCUCCUGCUCCAGCUCGAGCUGCACGCACUGCUUGCUGGAUUUUGUGCAUUUGCCUUCUCUCACGUAAACCCUGACCCCGUGCCCUGCCAACGCUCCUU